CUGACAACCAUCCAUCCAUCUGCUGAGUUGGGGAGAUCAGAAGCUCAUCAACAAACAUGUUUAAACUGAAUCUUGCCGAGGAAGCCACAAAACUGGCAGGAUCCACUGCCCAGGAUAAAGUUAACUCGGCAGGUCAGGCUGUACAGCAAGUGGUGGAGGAGGUGACAGAAGCUGGUCAGAAAGUGGUAGAUGACGUCUGCAAAACUGCACAAGAUACAGGUGAAAAGGCUACGCAAGGUCUAACAACCCAGGUAAAUGCCUGGGGUAAAAGCUUCGGCCAGAGUGAAGAAAAGAAGAAUGUUUCUACCUAACUGCUCUCAUGCUCCCUUCUAUUUCCCAUGCAUGCAUUAGAAGGGCAGAACCAUGCUCAAGAUUUUACUUAAAUUCUUCUCAAAUAUUUGACAUGUUAUAUAUUCUGUACACUUUCAUUAAAUGUGAAGCUAUAAA